GAUCAGUGAAUAGUGUAACUGGAGUUGUUCAUUGACCAGUCACAGCAGCCAGUUCAUUGCCUUGAUCUGAGCCAGUCACAGCCAAUCAAGGCGCCGUUGCUAUGACGAGGUACUACCUACUUGCAGUCUGACCGCUUCACGUAUGGCAAUGUCUCGUGAGACCGCCAUCUCGGCAAUGGCUAGUGAUGCCAACGCUCGUCAAGGAGUACGGCAUAUGUAUAGAUGUCAAGGGAGCCCUUUAGGCGCCCGAAAGGGAGGCACUAGGCGGUGAGCCCCACCACGCCGUAAACAAGGGUCCAGCAGUUCCUCGUACCCAAGGGGCCAGAUACACAACUGCUCUCGCCUUCACGUCUCUCCCCAAACCACUCCCAGCACGAUGAGUCUGCAAGCGCCCUCCCUGUCGCUGCGCUCCAAGAGCCCGUCGCGCAACAGCGGCGCCACCAAGGCGGUGAUCCUGGUCGGCGGCCCGUCGCGCGGCACCAGGUUCCGCCCGCUGUCCAUGGAGCUGCCCAAGCCGCUGUUCCCCGUCGCCGGCCACCCCAUCAUCGAGCACUGCUUCCGCGCGGUCGCCGCCGUGCCCGAGAUCAAGGAGGUCUUCAUCGUCGGCUACUACGAGGAGUCGGUGUUCCAGCCCUUCAUCAACACCGUAUCCACCACAUGGCCGCAGCUCAGCGUCAAGUACCUGCGCGAGUACCAGGCGCUGGGCACCGCCGGCGGGCUGUACCACUUCCGCGACGUCAUCCUCAAGGGCCGCCCCGAGAAGCUGUUCGUGCUCAACGCCGACAUCUGCUCGUCGUUCCCGCUGCAGGAGAUGCUGCGCCUGUUCGACGACAAGGACGCCGAGGCCGUCAUGCUCGGCACGCGCGUCGCCAACGAGUCGGCCUCCAACUUCGGCUGCAUCGUGUCCGACGCCCACACCAAGCGCGUGCUGCACUACGUCGAGAAGCCCGAGGGCCACAUCUCCAACCUGAUCAACUGCGGCGUGUACCUGUUCGCCACCGAGUGCAUCUUCCCCGCCAUCCGCUCCGCCAUCAAGCGCCGCACCGAGCGCCCGCGCCUGCUGUCGUACCCGUCGUCGGAGAACCUCGAGUCGUCCUUCUACCAGGGCGACGACGACGACGAGGACAAGGCCAACCUCGUCAUCCGCCUCGAGCAGGACGUGCUGUCCGACAUUGCCGACUCGCGCCAGUUCUUCGUGCUCGAGACCAAGGACUUCUGGCGCCAGAUCAAGACGGCCGGCUCCGCCGUGCCCGCCAACGCCCUGUACCUGCUCAAGGCCUUCCAGACGGGCUCCGAGGAGCUCGCCGCGCCCUCGGCCAACCUGAUCCCGCCCGUCUACAUCCACCCCUCGGCCCACAUCGACCCGACCGCCAAGCUGGGCCCCAACGUGUCCAUCGGCCCGCGCGUCACCGUCGGCGCCGGCGUGCGCAUCAAGGAGUCGAUUGUGCUCGAGGACAGCGAGAUCAAGCACGACGCCUGCGUCAUGUACACCAUCAUCGGCUGGCACUCCAAGGUCGGCGCCUGGGCCCGUGUCGAGGGCACCGCCCUGCCCGUGACCAGCCACUCCACCAGCAUCAUGAAGAACGGCGUCAAGGUCCAGAGCAUCACCAUCCUCGGCAAGGACUGCGCCGUCGGCGACGAGGUCCGCGUCCAGAACUGCGUCUGCCUGCCCUACAAGGAGCUGAAGCGUGAUGUGUCCAACGAGGUUAUUAUGUAGGAGGUCGAGGCCGUAUAAAAGCAUCACAUAGCAUGAACGAAAUUGACGACCAGAAGUGUUGCGG